AUGCAAGUUCCUCUUAUCUUCGGUGAUGACUUCACCGCAUUGUUGAAGAAGUGGCCAAAGCGAAGUCCGGAACAGAAGCAAGUCGAGGCGUUGAUGAAGACGGGCUUGGCAAGUUACAAGCGAAGCGUGGUAGGUAACAAAGGUUUUUGGGAUGACGAGGAUGGAAGUUUUCCGAUGGCCAUAUAUGACGUUACAGAGAGGCAGGACAAGGCAAAGCAACUGAGAGCGAAGAUUUGA